CCUUGGUGCUGUGGGGCUGGGUGCCACUGAACCCGGGGAGCCGGGCGCUGUGGAGCCACCGGAGGGUGCCACAGGGCUGCGCCUGGGUGCCUGGACCUGGCGGGGGAAGGCCUCGCCUUUGCCGGGGUGGGGCCAAAUCCAAGGUUCCCCACCCCUCGGCUGUGAUGCUGCCGGUGCUCAUAUCUGUGCUGGUGGUUGCUGUCCCAUUCCCAUGGGCUCGGUGCCCCGCUGGCCCGUGGGGACGGCCAUGGGCAGGGUCAGGGAUGGAUCCCAGUGCCCAGCUGGGCAGGGGAAAGUUGCGUGGCUCUGCCGGAGCCUCAUCUCUGUGGUUGUGCUGCUGUCUUCAGGCAGGUGACUGGGGAGAGUGUGUCUUGCUCUGGAGCAGGCUGGCUGCCUCCCCAGUGGUUCCCUGCCUAACAGCUGCCGCUGUUGUAGGCACUCCUUGUGUGGAUUCCCCUGUUCCUGAACAUGUUGGGAAGGCUGAAAUCAUCCCUGGAAAUGGCCCAGCAUCCUGGAUGCUCACACCUUCUCUGGUUUCCUCUGAGUCAGACUCACCGUGUCACUCCCCCGGCCCCCUCCCCGCUGGGAAAGACGAGAUGGGACCAGAGAGCACCUGAGCUCAGGUGCUGAGGGGUCUGUGACCCCUUCUCCGUGCAAAGAGACCUCCCGGCGACGGCAGCCCCGCAGCCUCCAGGAGCCCGGGCUCGGCUUCUCCACCUCGGCAUCCUUGUCAGUUCAGGGAGCUGCACCACCGGCAUCAGCACAUCAGGGAGGGGAAACCCCUCCCGAGGGACAGCCAGGCGGCAGGGUGGCCUGCCCACGCCGAGCUCCUGUCCCCCCAGGCGUGGUGUGGCAGGGAUGAGGAGCCGGCAGCGGAUGUUUGCCGCGGUGAUGCGCCUGCUCCUCAAGUGCCUGCGGCUGGGCCGGCGGCGUCGGUUCAAGCUGGUGCGGCAGGUGGAGCAGCUGUGGCACUACGGACACCUCUGCCUCCGCUCCCUGCUCUACAACUCCUUUACCAACGGCGAUGUGGUGCUUGACUCUCUCUUCGAGCCGGUCUACUGGCUGGUGGACCAUGUCACCCGAUGGUUUGGUGUGGUGUUUGUGGCGCUGGUGAUUGGGCUGACGAGCUCUAUUGUGGCCAUUGUGUACAUCUGCCUGCUGCCCCUCAUCCUGCAGACCUACACACCUGCCUGGAUAUGCUGGCAUCUCGCCUAUGGACACUGGAACCUCAUCAUGAUUGUCUUCCACUACUACAUGGCUAUCACCACUUCACCUGGGCACCCACCACAGGCCAAGAAUGACCUCACUGGUGUGUCCAUCUGCAGGAAAUGCAUUGCCCCUAAGCCAGCUCGCACCCACCACUGCAGCAUCUGCAACAGGUGUGUGCUGAAGAUGGACCACCACUGCCCCUGGCUAAACAACUGUGUGGGACACUACAACCACCGCUACUUCUUCUCCUUCUGCUUGUUCAUGACCAUGGGCUGUAUUUACUGCAGCAUCAGCGGCUGGGAGAUGUUCCGGGAUGCCUAUGCAGCCAUUGAGAGAAUGAAACUGCUUGAGAAGGAGAGACUGCAGGUGGCUGCCAACCAGACAUACUACCAGACCCCACCACCCACCUUCUCCUUUCGCCAGCGAGCUUUCCACAAGAGUGUGGUCUACCUCUGGGUCCUGUGCAGCUCGGUUGCACUGGCUCUGGGUGCCCUCACGCUGUGGCAUGCUGCCCUCAUUACCCGCGGGGAAACGAGCAUCGAACGGCACAUCAACAGAAAGGAGAGGCAGAGACUGCAGAAGAAAGGCAAGGUGAGCAUAGCCCACGGCAUGGGGGCUGGCUGGGGCAGAACGAGAUGUGAUGUGCCUCUCUCUGUCCUGCAGGUCUUCAGAAACCCCUACAGUUACGGCAGCUGGGAUAACUGGAAGGUGUUCCUGGGUGUGGAUGUGCCAAGGCACUGGCUCACUCGUGUCCUGCUGCCCUCUCCUCACCUGCCCCACGGGACAGGCCUGAGCUGGGACCUGCCUCCCUGUGUGACGGAGCAACGCGCGCCACUCCUGGCCAUCUGAGGCCCUGUGCUCUGGACAUCCUUUCCCACGGGCAGGGGAGUGCAUGGGAAACCUGUUCUGCUGCUGCUGCUUCCUUUGGCCAAAGUGCCUGGCAGGAGGCUGGCAUGUAUCGCUGACUGGAGCCAGAGCCAUGGGAAACUCUGUGGACAGUGUUGGUGCCUGGAUGCCUGCCCUCAGGCAGCCCAGGGGCAAGGUGGCAGAGCUGCUGCUCCCUGCUCCAGCUGAUGGUGCUGCCCCUCAGCACAGGUAUGGGCCAGCACUGGCCCAGCUCAGCUCCCUGAAGGGCUGGGCGUAGAGGAUGGCACUUCCACCCCCAAGUGCACCCAGGGGAGUCUUUUUAAGACUAUCUACUAAAUACUGUGUUUUUUUAAGGGAGUCUGUUUUUGUUAUCUUGUGAGGGACAUGGACUUGUGGGGAUGGGAGAAGAGGGACCACAAUGUUAAAAGGGGAAGAAGGGCCUAUAACCAGCAUACACAAAAGCACUGAGGACUGAGCCUGAGCUGCAUGGAGACCCUCAGAGCAUUAUCAAAACAGAUAUAUUUAUUCUUCUGGCACAUGGGUUGUCACAC